AUGAGCGACGCAGUAAAUGGUCAGGAAGGACUCAAGGUUGUGGUUAUUGGCGCCGGCAUCGGUGGACUAUCCGCUGCUAUCCUCCUCAGGCAGCAAGGUCACAAAGUCAUAAUAUGCGAGUCCAGCAAGUUCUCUAUCGAGCUUGGCGCCGCUAUUCACAUCCCGCCGAAUGCUGGUGGUUUGCUGGAGCUUAUGGGUAUUAGUGCUUCGGCAAUAGGAGCAAAUCCUUGUCUCAGGGUGACUUCGUAUACCGCAGGGGCACAUAAGCUGAACUCAAUUGACAAUUCGAGCUCUGCAGGCCUCUGGCAGCAUCCAUGGAGACUGGGGCACCGCGUCAAAUUGCAUACCACUCUUAAGGAUACCGCAUUGAAGGAAGGCGCGGAAUUGCGUCUCGCCACGCCAGUCGUCAGCGUAGACGCUCAGAGCGCCAGCGUCACGACGGCCGAAGGCCUGGAGAUCCAUGCGGAUGUUGUCGUUGGUGCGGACGGAGUCCACGCAGUCUCAAGGAGUCUGCUGGCUGGGGCAGAUCAUCAGCCAUUUGGCAGUGGCAAAAGCGCAUUUCGGUUCUUGAUACCACGACAAGUCGUCGUGGACGAUCCACAGACACGACCGUAUGCGGAAUGCGACGGCGAGCUGGUCAUGGUGUAUCACCAGGAUCGCAGAAUAGUGAUGUAUCCGACAAGCAACAACACCUUGUUGAACCUAGUCUGUAUCCAUCCAGAGGCUGAGACAGGUUCGGCUUCCAGCGGCGAUUGGAACAACAAAGCGACUCGGGAGAUGCUGCUUCGUGUCUACGAGGAUUUCCAUGACGAUUUCAAGGCUAUUUUGACCAAGGUCGAUGAGAGUUCUUUGAAGAUAUGGACACUGCUGGACAUGGAGGUUCUGGAAUCGUGGACCCAUGGCCGCUUGGCACUGCUCGGGGAUGCCGCACAUCCAUUCCUGCCGCAUCAGGGGCAAGGCGGAGCGGUGGCCAUGGAAGAUGCAGUUGCACUGAGCGUAGUCUUGGAGCGGGGCCUGAGAUCCGAGGAGGUCCAAGACCGGCUAACCUUAUAUCAACAGAUCCGUAAAGGACGUGCAGACAGACUGCAGCAGUACACGCGCUUAGCGGGUGAAGACCUAAAGCCAGGCGAGACGGCCAAGAUCAACGUGAUGGAGUUCGUGGGAUACAACUUUGGCUACGACGAACAUGACAAUUCGAGCCAGAAGCUUCGGGAGUGGAAGUGGUCGAAGUAUCCGUCGUGUUCUUCAAGAGGACCCGUGGCGUUUGGACCGAUGCCUGGACCGAGAUCAAACGACGCCGACAGGUCAAGAACUGACACACCACCAAGAUUCGUUACGGCCACUAUCACGAUCAAGACAUCAAGGACCGUCUUGCAGAACAUGUUUCCACCAGGUUCGAACGGCUGGAAGUUCAGCUCGCCUGGGACGUUCGCACGUUGCUCGUUCAGUCAGACGACCCUAGAUGGCCUGAAAUGGUUGGGUGGUCAAGGACAUUCCCGUCUCGGACUGUAUAUCCAUGGGGUAGAGUACACCGGGAGUGAUGGUAGAACAACGAAGGGUACGUACAUGCCGGUUCUGUUCGAAUAUUUGGCCGAGUCGAUCACCUCCGAACGGGAAGAAUUCGGUACACCGGUGGUAUUUUCGGAUAUUUCCGUGGACCGCAGUGAGAAAUCGUACUUGAUAAGGGCUGGAUGGCGUGGUGUUGGGUGGGGAAGCUUUGACUUAUCAGACCUUCGACUCGCCGUCGAUGACGCGAGCGCUGGCUACAUCCCAGGUUACAGUGCUGACGAGAGCAUCUUGAUUCACCGUCAAGUGCCUGAAGCCGGUAUAGGCUGCAAAGGUCAGCUCAACCUGGACCACUCUAUUAGUAGUACAACUGUGCCAGCCAAUCUCGAUGUAAAGGUCGACCAGGUCUGGACAGCGGGAAGCGCAGCUUUCGUCUUCGAUGCCAGAGACAAGGAGAAGCUACCGACCCUUCAUCACAUUGUCGAGAGGUUGGCCGAGAUUCCAGUCUACGAACAUCUCGCUGCCCACGUGGUAGAAGGGACGGGCGUCCCGGAAGCUCUUGGCGCAGGAAAGGUCUGA